UCUGUCGCGGCUGUGGGCUGGAGCCGCUGUCCUCGGACUGCGGUCCUUCGUGUUUAUUUCUCAUCCUUUGAUUCGACCCCCCCCUCCCACUAAAUUUUGCAAGCAGGCCUUCCGACCGAGCAUCAGCCGUCUGCUGUUUCAUUUUAAUAGUCUCAAAUUCCCGUCAAGAGAAGUAAUAAAGAUGGCGGUGAGCGGGGUGUCAGGGUCGGUCGUCGCCCGGCUCGAGGGCCGAGAGUUCGAGUAUCUGAUGAAGAAGCGCUCGGUCACCAUCGGUCGGAAUUCGUCACAAGGCUCCGUGGACGUGAGUAUGGGCCAUUCGAGCUUUAUUUCACGGAGGCACCUCGAGAUUUUCUCCGCCGGCGAGGAUGGAACGGGAAGCGGAGAUUUCUACCUUCGAUGCCUCGGCAAAAACGGGGUGUUCGUGGACGGGGUGUUUCAAAGACGAGGGGCUCCUCCUCUCCAGCUUCCCCGCAUGUGCACUUUCCGGUUUCCCAGCACGAAUAUCAAAAUUACAUUCACUGCCUUGUCCAGCGACAAGAGAGAGCGCAGGAACGCGCCGGAGUCUCCUGUGAAAGCGGUGCAAGCCCAGAUCUCGCCGCUGACCAUCAACAUUCCCGACAACAUCGCCCACCUGAUGAGUCCCCUCCCGUCUCCAACAGGUACAAUCAGCGCUGCCAACUCCUGUCCGUCAAGUCCCCGAGGUGCGGGGCUGUCCAGUUAUAAAAUGGGUCGCGGUCUCACAGCUGACCUCAUCAAUGAAAACUCCCAAUCUGAAAAUGACAAGGAAGCGUCUGGAGGAGACAGUCCAAAAGAUGACUCAAAGCCUCCUUACUCGUAUGCACAGCUUAUUGUUCAGGCCAUCACAAUGGCACCUGACAAACAACUAACACUGAAUGGAAUAUAUACCCACAUUACUAAGAAUUAUCCGUAUUACAGGACGGCAGACAAGGGCUGGCAAAACUCGAUUCGUCACAAUCUGUCUUUAAACCGCUAUUUUAUCAAAGUGCCCCGAUCUCAAGAGGAGCCGGGCAAAGGCUCUUUCUGGAGAAUAGACCCCUCGUCUGAGGGAAAGCUCAUCGAACAAGCUUUCCGCAAGCGCAGGCCUCGCGGUGUGCCGUGUUUUAGGACACCACUUGGGCCGCUCUCAUCCAGGAGCGCUCCAGCAUCUCCUAACCACACGGGGGCGCUGUCGGCCCACUCCAGCGGCGUUCAGACUCCAGACAGCUUAUCGAGAGAAGGCUCACCUGUUCCUAUGGACCCGGAGCCCACGCCUGCCUCCACUCCUGCUCCAGCCAUUCAGCCCAAAUUAGCAGUCAUACAAGAGGCUUGCUUUGCACAAAAUGCUCAAGGUUCGCCUCUCAACACCCAACCGGUUCUCAUCACAGUUCAGCGGCAGCUACCGCAGACCAUCAAACCUGUGACCUACGCCGUCGCCACGCCGGUGUCCACUCCCACGUCCCAGCAGCCUGUCAUGCAGACGGUCCAUGUGGUGCAUCAGAUCCCCGCUGUUUCCGUUGCAGCCGUAACCGGACUGUCUACAGCCAACACACACGUGGCAGAGCCUGUGUUUACCCAGUCCAGCAUCGUUUGUGGUGAACCGGAUGAAUGCAGGGACCGCACUGUGCUCAAAGUGAAAGUGGAGCCCGUGCCUGCUAUUACAACCACUUCUAUAGGUGGGACGAGUCGCAUUCUUCAGACGUCCCAGUCCAGCCCAAUACAGACCAUUACCAUUGUGCAACAGGCUCCAAUUGGCCAGCAUCAACUGCCUGUCAAGGCCAUCACUCAGAAUGGGACGCAUGUGGUCACUGCUGUCCAAGGAUCUGGCAACACAGCGAGUCCUCUGCACAUUCUGGCGACCCACGCCUCGGCCUCGGCAUCUCUACCAACCAAACGGCAGAACGGAGACCAAGCAGAGCAGCCUGACACUAAAAGAGCCAAGACUGAAGACACAGCGGAGAGAGACAAGCAGAACGCCACUGACUAGGGCAGCCAUGUCACGACCUUUGACCUCAACCCAUUUUUUUGUUUCUCCCCGCCUGCCACGCACCUGCUGCAGCCACAUCACCUGUUAAUGAAUACAAGGUGCCAAAUAGUGAGGUGAGAUGAAAGUCAGUGGAUUUUGAAGAGUAGUAACGAUUAGAAUCGGGGUGAGAGAAAUGCAAGGUGGAGGUGAAAAGAGAAAGGUUGCUGUUCUGAAGGAGGGACGGUGGGCCUUUUACAUGAUUAGGUAAAUACUCACAGAUAUAUGCACACACAUAUAUUAAUAUAGCCUACUUGAAGUUAUAAAAUUAAAUGUAUCGUGGGUGUAACCCAGCAGAGAAUUUCUCCAUCGCUAUGAACUCUGGGCUGAACGUGGAUGGAGAGCAAAUAGACGAACCCCCUUUAUGUUACCGAACAAAAGACCGGCCAAUGACCGAUAUAAAUAUUAACGUAAUGUCACGCAUGUGUAUCAGAUGUGUGCUCGAGAUUCCCCUGUUCCCAGUCAGAGGUCUUGAACAUUUGCAUUCGACUGAAAAGACAGGUCAGAUAUGGACUUGCCAAACAUCGUUUAACACCGAUUAGCUCUUAAAAUGUGAACCUGCUUCUUAUUUCAGCUUCAUAUUCACAGAUGGGAAAAUUAGGGUUUUUUUCUCUUGGGCAAAGGGAAAUGUGGGGAGGUUUUUUGUUUCUUUUUUUUUUUCCUGUUUCAUGGCAGCUAGCUACCAUGUCCACCUACCUAAUGCAGUCUUUAGUAGGUAUGCAGUAUUUUGUCGUAUGUGUACUUUAGGACCUUAUUUGUGUGUGUUUCCUGAGGCACAAAUACUCAACUUAACAGGCAGUGCUGAAGUGAGGUCAUUUUGCUUUUGCUUUUUUUCUUUUUGUUUUCAUUUUUAAAGACGUUGACUCAUGGUCAUGGAAAUGAAUGUAGUUUCUUCAUUUUUAUUUUAUUAUUAUUUUUUUUUUUCAGAAAAAAAAGAAACAACACUAUUGAGGGUUUGAGUUAUUUGCUAUUACAUCAAAUCAGAACGAUGUUUACUCGCAUCCUCUUUUUCAUAUUUUAACCAAUAACCUAUGAGAAAUAUAUUUCCAUUUGUACUUUAAAAUAUAUCAGCUUGCAUGAACGUGUUGAGAAAAUGUGCUGUAUCUGAUUCGUUUCCUGACUGCAGGAAACUGCAGAAGAUGAAAGAAAAAAAUGCAAAAUAUUAUUUUAUACAGUUGGGAUCAUUACUGCACUUACCUUUUGUUUCUGACAUUUCCUUUCCUCCCGUUGUUUUUGCUUUUAUAUUCCAGAUGUUGUUGGCUGUGUUUGAUAUCUUUGUGUUGAAGUUGUCUCCUUGCCUGUUAAUAUUAUUUUAUUCUGUUCAAACAACUGAAAGAGUCUCACGGAUAGUACAUGCUCCACAAGAAGAAGUAAGUGGUAGAUGUUGUUCCGCUUCAGUGGGUAUAUGCAUUUUUUAUAAAUUAAAUUAAAAACUCCAUAAUUUCUGUUCUGUA